UCGGACCACCCUAAUAACUACUGCCGCGGGGAUUCAGGGAGCAGAAGUUACCUCUGCUAAUCUGGUUUUUGCCUUCUGGGAUUCUCCCCUCAACCAUGGGAUAAAUGUGUUUGUUGGGCUUGUGCUCUGUUUUACUAUGCUGGGUCUGGGGUGCACUGUCGAGGUGAGCCAACUUGGUGAGCAUGUAAGAAGACCCAUCGGAGUCCUCCUGGCUCUCAUAUCCCAGUUUGUGAUCAUGCCGCUAUUGGCGUUCCUCCUAGCGCUGAUCUUCAACCUGGACGAGGUGGCUGCAAUCGCCGUGCUUUUGUGUGGCUGCUGUCCCGGGGGAAACCUUUCCAACAUCAUGUCGCUUUUAGUGAAUGGGGAUAUGAACCUCAGUAUUAUAAUGACAAUCUCCUCCACGGCGUUAGCUCUCUUCUUAAUGUCCCUGUGCCUGUGGAUUUAUAGUCGCGCUUGGAUUAACACUCCUGUUGUGGAUUUGAUGCCUUUCGGAGCCAUCAUCCUCACCCUGUUCAGCACCCUGAUCCCGAUAGGGCUGGGGGUCUUCGUGCGGUACAGGUAUAACAGAGCCGCUGACAUCAUAAUAAAGAUAUCCCUGUGGUCCUUACUAGCGACUCUGUUUAUUCUCUUCAUCUUGACUGCAACCAUGCUGGGACCCGAGUUGCUGGCCACUAUCCCAGCAUCAGUCUAUGUGGUGGCUGUCCUGAUGCCCCUCGCGGGUUACGCCGCAGGUUACGGACUUGGCGCGCUUUUUAACCUUCCACCAAACAGCAAGAGGACAGUGUCACUGGAGACUGGCUGUCAAAAUGUUCAGCUCUGCACCGCUAUUCUCAAACUCGCCUUCCCACCCCACAUCAUCGGCGGUAUUUACAUGUUCCCUCUGCUCUACGCUCUAUUCCAAGCGGCGGAAGCUGGCCUUAUUAUAUUAGCGUAUAAAAUGUACAGAAAACAUAUCCUGCAUAAGCAAGAACCUCUGGAUGAAGAUGACGAUACGGAUGUUACUUACAAAAAACUAAAAGAAGAGGAAGUCGCAGUAGAUGCAGCUUACGGUUCAGUGACUGUUCACGACCCGAAUUCAAUAGUGAUGGAACCUAGACAAAACGCACCUGAAAUAUAGCGGGUUUAUG